AGGCCUCGGUUUCCUAAUAAGCACCGACUUAAUCUCUCUAUAUAAACCUCCCGUUAUCAGCCCGUUGAUUAUUCUUGCAUCAGGUACCCUAAUCUCCUUAAGAUUUUGUGAUUUCCCCAAUUCUUUGUCGUCUAUUGUGAAGCGAAAUGGCUCGUACGAAGCAAACUGCUCGCAAAUCAACUGGUGGGAAGGCCCCAAGGAAGCAGCUCGCUACAAAGGCUGCAAGGAAGUCUGCCCCAACGACCGGUGGAGUCAAGAAACCCCAUCGUUAUCGUCCCGGAACUGUCGCCCUCCGUGAAAUCCGUAAAUACCAGAAGAGUACCGAACUCUUGAUCCGCAAGCUUCCUUUCCAGCGCCUUGUCCGUGAAAUCGCUCAAGAUUUUAAGACGGACUUGAGGUUUCAGAGUCACGCAGUUCUUGCGCUUCAGGAGGCCGCAGAAGCAUAUCUUGUGGGGCUGUUUGAGGACACCAACCUCUGCGCUAUCCAUGCCAAGAGGGUGACAAUCAUGCCCAAGGACAUCCAACUGGCCAGGCGAAUCCGUGGCGAACGUGCUUGAUUGUUAAAUUUAUUUUUCUUAGCAAUGUUUAAACAAAAUAGCCAGUUAAAUCUGUAUAUAGGGUUUGCUGAACAACAUUUUGUUUUUUAGUUUAGUAUUAUCAUGUUCACAAUCCUCUGAGACUGCUUGUUUCAGUAAUUCAUAGUUCGUUUCCUUUAAAUAACUUUAAUUAAUAUGUAUUUUUGUUCGGCAGUUCAUAAUAUUUUUGUUUAGAUCA